CGUCUGCUACGUGGAUGUAAACAAAGUGUCAAAGGGAAGGGCUCGUGAAAGUGCAGAGGGAAGCACGCCGCCAGUACACCCACAAGGGGGGAUAUAGGCGUCCCGGGAGGCUGAGGAUAGGUGUGGGAGGCAGGUGUGGCAGGUGUGGGGCGGUGGUAGAGGUGAGGGCUUGGUACAAUGGAUUACUUCAGGUCCGUUACCCAGUCGGUGUUGGGCGCUCCCCAGCCUGGCCAGCAGCCGUCAGGGGCAGACACGGUUGAGCGACUGAUAGACCGAGUGCAGUCAUCUACACUGCUGGAGGACCGCCGCGAUGGCUGCCGGGCCCUCAAGUCCAUGUCCCGCAAGUACAGGGUGCUGGUGGGAGCCCAUGGCAUGGACACACUCAUUCAGGUGUUGGAGGCGGACCGCAGUGACCACGAGAUUGUCAACUAUGCCAUUGAGACGCUGGUACACAUCACCUCCCCAGAAACCUUCCAGGAGGAAAUGGAAGAGAAUGGGGAAUCCUCAGAGGCCAGUUAUUCAUCCAUGGUUGGGGAACAGUUUACUGAGAUCUUCACCAAGAGGCAGGAGAACAUUGAGCUCCUUAUCAACCUCUUGGAUGAGUUUGAUUUCAAAGUGCGUUAUCCAACUGUCAAGCUGCUCACCAAUCUUCUCAAAAACAGGCCCAAGGAUCUGCAGGAAACAAUCUUGGUUGUUCCCAGCGGAGUCUCCAAACUGAUGGAUCUUCUGUCUGACAGCCGAGAAGUUGUCAGGAAUGAUGCUCUGCUGCUCCUAACACAGCUCACCAAGAACAACACCAACCUGCAGAAGAUUGUGGCCUUUGAGAAUGGCUAUGACCACAUCUUUGCCAUUAUCAAGAGUGAAGGGUUUGCUGACGGCGGCGUGGUGGUGGAAGACUGCCUCAUCCUCAUGCUCAACCUCCUCCGCAACAACCCGUCCAACCAGACGUUCUUUAAGGAAGGGACCUACAUACAGAGACUCACUUCAUUCUUCAUCCUGCCCAUGGACAACAAGGAAGGCUGGUCAGCACAGAAAGUCACCAACAUUCACUACAUGCUACAGCUUGUGAGGUCACUAGUGGCCCCACAGAACCCAGCCCAGGCUGUGACCUCCUGCCAGCGGGUCAUGAACCAGUGUGGCCUGUUGCAGACCCUGACGGGCCUCCUCAUGGCCUCAGGCGUGCCAGUGGAUAUCCUCACGGACACCAUCAACACAGUGUCCGACAUGAUCCGAGGCAACAUGCCUAACCAGGAGUUUUUUGCCAGCAUGAUGGCGCCUUCCACCCCACCCAGGCCUGCCAUUGUGGUCCUGCUGAUGUCAAUGGUAAAUGACAAACAGCCCUUCGUCUUGCGCUGUGCUGUCCUGUAUUGCUUCCAGUGCUUCCUCUACCGCAACCAGACCGGCCAGGCACAAAUCAUCCAGACACUCCUGCCACAGACGGCUGAUGUUGUACCCGGAGCUAAACCAUUUCCCAACUCCAUCACAGCCGGCCAGCUUCUUUGCAGCGGCCUCUUCUCCUCCGAUCCCGUGUCCAACUGGUUUGCUGCUGUGGCCUUGAGUCACUCCCUGGUGGACAAUCUAAGCCAGAAGGAGAACAUGCUGCGGGUGCAGCUGGCCACCAGCGUGGGCAGCCAGCCGGUGUCCCUGAUGCAGCAGUGCACCUCCAUCCUGCAGGCGGGGCCCAAGGUGCUCACUCGCCUGGGGAUCCUCAUGCUGCUAUCCACCUGGCUGGCCCACAGUCCCAUGGCCGUCCAGACCUUCCUGGCCAUCCCUGCUGCCGUCCCUCACCUUACCACACAUGUCAGUGCCAACGAACAUGACGAGCUGGAGAUUGUGUGCCAGGGCCUGUGUGCCUUCCUCCUUGGCCUUUGUAUUCAGUUCAACGACGGCAGUGGCACCAGCUUCUCCACCGAGUCACUCCGGCAGCUGGUGACGGACAGGAUUGGGGCGGAAAACUUCACAGACAAACUCAGCAACAUUCUGAGGACGGAGGCAUACACAAAGGCAGUGAAGUCGCCCCAGCUGGCUGUCAAGCACCCAUCCGACCUGGUGUUUGAUCACGAGUUUUGCCGGCUCUUUAAAAGCCUGGAGGUGACAUGUCUGCGUGCUGUGAUGCCUCAGCUGGCCGGUGGGAGCACCACAGAGGUGACGCCUGUGGAGGUGACCAAGUACAAGGACAUCAUUCGGGACCAGGAUGCUGAGAUCACCAAGCUGCGGGACCGUCUGGCGGGGAUAGAGAAGGAGGUGGAGGAGCUGAAGGCUGGCAAGGAACAGAUGUCAGCACAAGUCCAACAACUCCAUGAUGAGAACACUGUGCUAAGAGUGCAGCAAGGCAUCUCAAGGGAAACAGAAGUCACAAAGGAAGAGAGCGAGCAACACAGCACUACCACCACCACAGCAGAUACCAUUCCUGCCUCCACCACCAGCACCGACACAGCCCCUGCCACUACCGACCACACCACGGAGCAGCAGCAGACAGAACAGGUGACCCUCCUCCAACAGCAGCUUGCCGAGAUGACACACGCCAGGGAUUACUACUACUACGAGAUGUACAAGAAAGACACCGAACUCACUGCCACGCAACAGCAACUUCAGCAACUACAGCAGCAGCAGCAGCAGCAGCAGAGUAGUGAAAUCCAGCAGCAGCAGCAGCAGCAGCAGCAGCAGGGUAACCAGACUUGUGGACAGCAGCAAACAUCUACAGCUGGACAGCAGAUCAACAAUCACCUUGACAAUCAGAAUGCAGCCGAUUUCUUUGACUCCCUGUCCAACCCAGAAAUGGAGAACCUUCGCAAGCAGCUGGAGGAUCUUCAGUUAGUGCUGUACAACAAGGACUCAGAGAUACAGCAGCUGAAGGAGAUAGCUGCUCAGGCCCCACCUCACAGCGAGCAGAAUGGCACAGUGGAGAGGGUGGCAGAGGUGUCUGGAGAGCACCCGGAUGAAGCUGCACAUGACAGGCUGCAGCAGGAGUGUGCAACUUUAAAACAGCAAGUUAAAGAUUAUGAAAUUCAUGUCAAGCAACUGCAAACACAGCUAGAAACAGCAGCAGCAGCAGCAGCAGCAGCAACAGCAGCCUCAGUGGCAGUGGGAACUGGCUCUGGGACAACAGCUGAGACACGGUGCAAGCAGCUGGAGGAGGAGCUGGACACCAUCAAGAGGGAGCAGGAGGACUUACUGGUGCUGGUGACAGAUCAAGACAGCAAGAUGUCAGAGUACCGGCGCAAACUGAGGACCUACGGGGAGGACGUGACAGAGGAUGAGGAUGAGGAGGACGAGGAUGGGGACUUUGCCAUCACCGAGAACUAUGACGACGACCUCGAUGACAUCCAGUGACACACGCUGCUCGGUGGACCAUCGGAGCUUGUUGCAGGAGGUGGGGGGAGAGUUACGUCCUCACCCCAUACACACUGUCCUAUCUCACCUACGCCUGAAACGCACUUAACAGACUCGCCUGCAGUCGGGCAUCAUGGAUUGCUACGUGUAAAGGUUGUACGAAGAUUUGUUAUGUUCAGUUUGCUUUUUUAUUCUCAUUUUUUUACUCUUGUUUCUUUAUUACAUCUGUGGUUAGGCCUCCCCAGCGUGGUCGUGUAGCAGCCAGCAGGGUGUUUGCUCCCUCAGGUGCUGCUGGCUUAAGUGGAAGAAGAGCACUGUGUUCUGUUAUGUUUUCUAAUCUGGUUUCCUUUCUGGCUAAGACAAGGUGACAUCUGAGCAAGACAAGAAUAUAUGCUAACACAACAAACAAGGAAAAUAAAUUCAGAAGAAAAGAAAGAGGCUCAAAUUUCUUCUUUGCAGCAAAACAAAGUGAUAUUUGAGCAAGAGGAAAACAAAACAGAUGCAACAAAACAAGGAACAUAAAUAUAUGAAAAUAAAAAGGUUUUUUCUGCAAUGUGAUAGACUCUUUCAAUGUGUCAUAAUCUUCACAGUCAUGGUAACUGAAUAUCACGAAGCAUGAGGAACAUCUUAACAUACUUAGUCUAGAAUGUAACAUCUUGUAAAUACAUUGUCUGUUAAUGAUGCGUCAGAGAUAUUUAUGCUGUUCGUAUGUGUUGAAUAAUUCACUUGCAUUUCUCUCUCUCUCUCUCUCUCUCUCUCUCUCUCUCUCUCUCUCUCUCUCUCUCUCUCUCUCUCUCUCUCUCUCU